UUCAACAUCCUUCCUGUAUUUCUGUGAACUUGGCUUUCGAAAUAAGACUAUGGUGCGAGUUACUGUCAUCUGACAAGUACAGAAACCCCAGGGAAUUCAGAAGAAACGAAAGCUCACAUCACUAUCACAUCGUGAACAUGUGUGCUGAAAAUCCUUGCGAGAACAACGCCACUUGUCAAAGCAGUUUUACAGACAAACUUUAUCGGUGUCUAUGUCCUGCUGGAUACAAAGGUCCGAGGUGCCAAAUAGGACCUACUUCGUGCAAAGAAAUUCAUGAUCAGGACACAUCCAGUAUGAGUGGUGUGGUUACCCUUGUUGUUGACUCCCAACCAUUGUCCGUUUUUUGUCAUAUGGGAAAUUUUGGGUGUGGAGACGGAGGAUGGACGCCAGUCAUGAAGAUUGACGGCAGAGAGACCACCUUCCAUUAUGAGGCGCAUUAUUGGACAAAUUACGAUGAAUUCAACCUUCUCGGUGGAGAGACUGGGUUUGACGAGCAAGAAUCAAAGCUACCCACAUACUGGAACACAUCAUUCUCCAAGAUCUGUCUCGGAAUGAAGAUCAACCAACAGCUCAGGUUUAUUGUCAUCAGUAAGUUGGCUGUCUCUCUGCACUCACUAAUUGCUGAUGGCCAAUACCGCAACACCUCACUGGGUCGUGACGGGUGGAAAAAGUUGAUUGGCAGCAACGCCUCUUUACAGCUCAACUGUAACAAGGAAGGAUUCAAUGCUGUUGGUGAUCGUGAUCUUGCUAAAGUCAGAAUUGGUAUUGUUAGCAAUAACCAAAACGACUGCUACUCGUGCAACUCUUUGAUUGGAUUUGGUACAGGAAGUUAUCCAAAAGGCGCAAAAUCUUGCGGAAACGAGGCACUCCAUUUUAAGUUAGAUGAUGGAGGGAAGAGUAUCAAAGCCAUGGGGUACAUAUUGGUGCAAUAA